AUCUCAUUCUUCGUCCGGACUGAGUGGUUUGUACAGCGGAGUGGGAGGGGGAAUGAAUCCUAAGCUGCAGUAGGGACUCGGAGGACAGAGCAGUUACGGUGUUGUGGAGCGGAGCCCAGCCCAGGGCGGCGGUGAGAUGCCCAAGACCUCCUAUGUGCAGAUGGCCUUCAUGGUCCUGUUUUCAUUCCUGUUGACCCUGGGCUUGGGCUUGUGGCUCCCCGAGGUUCUCAGUGCUUUUGUCCAACUGUUUGGUUUGAAGGAGGAUAUGGUGACUCACAGUAUCGUGCUGAUGUACCUGGUUUUUGUGUUGUACUUGGCUGUGCCCUCUCUCCCGCGGGGCUCGGUGAAGAUUAAGGACAAAGCCGUCUUGAUCACAGGAUGUGAUAAAGGAAUUGGGUUUGCUCUGGCCAAGCAUCUACAUAGCAAAGGCUUUACCGUCUUUGCCUGUUGCCUCUUAAAGGAUAAGAAUGGAGAAGGUGCUCAAACACUUGAGAAGAUGAAAUGUGAACGUAUGAAAGUUCUUCAAAUGAACGUAUGCACAGAUGAGGAGGUGCGACAGGCCGUGGAUUUUGUAAAGAGCCAGUUGAAGGAACCUGAGAAGGGUCUCUGGGGUGUGGUAAACAAUGCUGGCAUCUCAACCUUUGGAGAAGUGGAAUUCACAAGUUUAGCACGUUACAAGGAUAUUGCAGAUGUUAACUUGUGGGGAAUGAUCCGAGUAACUAAAGCCUUCCUCCCCCUAAUCCGGAGAGCAAGAGGUCGUGUUGUGAACAUUGCCAGCAUGUUCGGACGCAUGAGCAUAGCGAGUCACUCUGCAUACUGUAUUUCGAAUUAUGGAGUGGAAGCGUUUUCCGAUUGUCUACGCUAUGAACAACGGCGUUGGGGUGUUAAAGUCAGCAUUAUUGAGCUGGGAAACUAUAUAGCUGCCACAGGUUUCCUUACUCGUGAUCAUGUUGAAAACAUCGCUGAAAAAAUGUGGAAUGAAACUGCUGAAAUUGUACAGGAGGAUUACGGGAGGCCUUAUUUUGACCGACAGACAUUGAUAAUGAAAUCUUUCUGCAGCAACAGUACAAAAGACAUGUCUCUUAUUAUUGAUGCCAUCACUGAUGCACUAACCUCCAGAUAUCCAUACAGCCGCUAUGAACCAAUGAAUGCCUAUUGGUGGCUUAGAUUGCACAUUUCAGCUCACUUACCUACUCCUAUAGCUGAUUGGUUGUAUAGACAUUAAACACCUUGCCAGUGCAUUGCUAGAAUGAUCUGCUUCCACACCUUAUGCCAAUUUCCUCAUGCUUCCUACUCCUUUCUUCAUUACCAGUGCCAACUAAGAACUACUCUAACCCAAGGACACUUAAUGAAAUUGCACAAAAUUAAUCAAAGUUCUAUUUUAUAGCUUUUAUAUAUAUUUACUCUAACAUAAUUAUUGUUCCCUUGAACACAUUGUGUUUGUCACAGGGUAACAGGUAUUCAAAAAAUGCUGUAAUACUGUUUAUUUUUCAAUGUACUUAUGUGUAAUUCCAUUCAACUGUGGAAAUAUUGUGUGUUGUUCUUCAGUAUUUUUGUGUGUGAGGUACAAUUUGUUAAAUAAAAACAUUCUUAUGAUUACACACAGAAUGUAUAUUUCUUUUGGUCCUUAUCAUUUUCCUCUUUCUGUUUGUCAUAGGCACCCAAAAUACGAAUUUGAUGCAGAAAAUGAUGAUGGAGACAGUGUAGUUAUUGUAACAAGAUCAGCCAUUUCAAUCUCAUAUAAGGCCCCUGAUUGAGGCUGUUAAUCUGGUCCAAUCAGGGAGCCCUGGCUGACAGUUAACUAGGAGAGCCACCAAGGGUGGUCUAAUCAGUCUGUGGUUGUGGACUGGUGCCAGGUGUCUUUUAUUUAGUUAUAUUGGGUCUGUGUUCUAUGCAUUGUUCCUUAUUUGAUUGCACUGUCUUGUCUGUGUUUGUUAUUGUUACCUUUGACUGAAAGCGGGACUUGAGGUUUGUCCUCAUUUUCCUGAAAACUGGUUGAACGGUGGGGUUUAGGGUUUGAUUUUUCUGCCCCUUCCCCUGUAUGUAGUGUUUUUUUUUGUGAACUGCUGCUUUCUGUUUAUUGUCAACUGUAUUUUGUAUUGUUUAAUAAAAAAAAAGAAGUGCCAAACACCCUGUCUACUCUGAGAGCUGGCUUUGAGGGAACUGGAUCAGUGUCAAGGACUGUCCAUAAGUAAA